UUAGGGCUCUGCAAAUUUGGAAAAAUCUGAUCCCAAAUAAAAGAGGACAAAUGAAGAGGAAGAUAGAAGAGAUGGACAUUGUAUGGCAGUCGCCGGCGAACCCGCCGGAGCGUAAAGAUUACAUCUUUCGCAACGGGUGGCGCCAUGUGAGACCUUACUACUUUGAGUUCAUUGCCCAUGUUAAGAAUAGGUGGGCUGGGAAGACCAUUGUUGACUUGUUCACUGAUGAGUUCAAAGGCCGGAAUCGUGACUACUAUAUUAGUGCCGUUAAAUGUGGGAGGAUACAAGUUGAUGGCCAACUUGUGCCAGUUUCGUUCAUAGUUAAACCGUCGCAGAAGAGCCACUUCCUGCACAGGCAUGAACCGCCAGUGAUGACUUGGGAUGUGAACAUCCUUAAAACAGAACCUGAUGUGGUCACCAUUUGUAAACCUGCAUCUAUUCCGGUGCAUCCAUGUGGUCAGUAUCGUAAGAACACAGUCGUUGGCAUCCUGCAGGCAGAGCAUGGCUUGGCACCUCUAUUUCCGAUUCAUCGACUAGAUCGUCUGGUCUCAGGACUCCUUAUUUUGGCCAGAAGCGCAGCACAAGCUGACAUUUUCAGGCAACAGAUUGAGGGAGGGAUGGUUCAUAAACAAUACAUUGCUAGAGUCAUUGGAGAGUUUCCUGAUGAGGAGCAAGUUGUAGAUGCUAACAUAAAUCAUAAUGCUCGAGAAGGAAGGAGCUCUGCUGAGGUUGGUGAUUCUUGUGGUAAUGCUCACAGAAAGGGGAAGACUGCUUGUACAAAGUUUACUAGAAUCAGUACAAAUGGAAUUCAGAGCAUUGUCUUGUGUGAACCAGUCACUGGCCGAACCCAUCAAAUACGUGUCAAUUUGCAACACACAGGCCAUCCAAUAGCAAAUGACAGUCUUUACCUGUCUAAACAUGUUAGUGAUCGCUCAGCUGAAGGAAUGGGUGCUGAUAGAGCUGCUGCUAAUUCAGAUCACUCUCCGGCUUCUGGUAUUGGCGAAAUUAAAUAUAAUUCGCAUGAAGAUUCUAGUGAGGAGUUCAGCAUUGAUCCAAUGUGUACAAAUUGUCCAAGUUUAGCUCCAAAAGGAUACGAUUAUCAUGAAGAGGCUUUAUGGUUACACUGUUUUAGAUAUUCUGGACCUGGAUGGGUUUAUGAAUGCCCAUCUCCGGAUUGGGCAUCACUUGGCUAGUUGUUCUGGCAUUCUACAUUCAAACAAACUCGUAUUUACUUAUUAA